GCUGUCGCCGCUCUCUCGAGUUCUUGUACAUCGACACCGACCCGCACAGGAGCCUGCCUUGAGCCAUGGACGUCGCACUUGAGCUUCUCGACCCCCUUGUUUUCGACAAGGCGUAUGCCUGGGCCUUACCGCACCCUGGAGCCGGCUUCAGCAAUUCCUCAGAUGUGAACACCCUCCUGGCCGCGGAUGCGGCGCCAAUGUCUCUUUGGGACCGCGACAACAUCUACCGCCAAUGCAUAUCAAUUCUUCUGAUCACGCAAAUCGGCGCAAGCGCCCUCUACUUUAUUUUCAGCGCAUUGUCGUACUACUUAAUUUUCGAUCGACGUCUGGAAUAUCACCCUAGAUUCCUCAAGAAUCAAGUGCGCCAAGAGAUCAAGUCAUCAAUGACGGCUAUUCCAUUCAUCAAUAUCUUGACUCUGCCCUGGUUCCUGGGUGAGGUUCGCGGUUACAGCUUGUUGUACGGCGAUGAAAAGAGCUAUGGAUGGGCCUGGCUUGCCAUCUCGUCGGUUCUGUACAUGGCCUUCAACGACAUUGCCAUCUACUGGAUCCACCGCCUGGAACACUACCCGAGCGUGUACAAGUACAUUCACAAGCCACAUCACAAGUGGAUUGUUCCCACACCAUGGGCUGCGCUAGCUUUCCACCCUCUCGACGGCUACGUACAGUCGUUGCCGUACCAUGUCUUUGUCUUCGUCUGUCCUAUGAACAGAUACUUGUACCUGGUUCUCUUCGUCGCCGUGCAACUCUGGACCAUCUUCAUUCAUGACGGCGAUAUGAUCUCUGGCCACUGGACAGAGAAGUUCAUCAACAGCCCCGCUCACCACACGCUGCACCACAUGUACUUUACUGUCAACUACGGCCAGUACUUCACUUGGUGCGACAACUACUUCGACUCGCACCGCGCACCCAGGCCUGAGCUUGACCCUAUCCACGAUGCCCUCAAGGUCAUGAGGGCAAAGGGGCUGGUCGAUGAGGCGGGCAACCCGAUUGCGAAGCCGAAGAAGGAGUAAAAGCGUUGUCACAUCUUUGUGUUGUUGUGUUGAUGCAUGCAGAGCGGACUUUCCUUGCAUUUCCGGCGUUCUUUAGACUUUUAUGAUCAUCACGAUCAUGCAUAUUCGGUACAUAAUGUUAAUAAAUCACUCCCCAAACGCGGACUGAGCGUCGUAAAGACGCGACCGCCUUCAAAACACAUGAUUGAUUUUCGUCCUAUUGCGCAUGUGUACAAAGUACGUCAAGCAGGGUUGGAGUGAGG